GCUAGGGGUAAAACUUCAGGAAGUCGCCGUAGACUGCCCAGAGGUUGGAGGUCAGAGGUGAAAGGUGACAGACACUGUGGAUGCCUGUCUCUGGAAUGGGGCUAACUACGGGUGAUUAGCAGAAAGUUUGGAACUGGAGCGUGCCCUUCCUGGCCUAUUUUUAACUCCAAGUAUUGAAGAAACAAAUAUCUGAAGAUUUCUUAUACAUCCCCCCCAGGAACUGAGUGGGCUAAAAUCAUGAGCAAAAGAAAGUCUAAAGAAAACUGCUUAACACAUGGAGAAUGUAUUUCACAGGCUCAGAGAAUGUUACGGGAAAGAUUUUGUCACCAGAAGAUUCCUGGUAAACCGUUUGGAGUUGAAUCCCAGCACAAACAUUUGCUAGAGCUGCUGAAGCGGACAGCUGUCCAUGGAGAGAGUAACUCUGUCCUCAUUGUGGGUCCCAGGGGGGCUGGAAAGACAAUGCUGCUGAACUGUGUCUUGAAUGAGCUGCUGGAAGUGAAACACGUGCAGGAGAAUGUUUUACAGGUUCAAUUAAAUGGGUUAUUACAGACCGAUGACAGAAUUGCUCUGAAAGAAAUUACUAGGCAACUGCAUUUGGAGAAUGUUGUUGGGGACAAAGUUUUUGGGAGCUUUGCAGAGAAUCUUGCCUUUCUUCUUGAAGCUUUGAAAAAAGGUGAUCGUAGCAGCAGCCGCCCAGUGCUCUUCAUUCUGGAUGAAUUUGAUCUGUUUGCUCACCACAAGAACCAGACUCUUCUUUACAACCUGUUUGACGUCUCCCAGUCAGCCCAGACUCCUGUUGCUGUGAUUGGACUCACGUGUCGACUUGAUGUCUUGGAGCUGUUGGAAAAGAGAGUGAAGUCCAGAUUCUCCCACAGGCAGAUCCAUUUACUCAGUUCUUUUAGGUUCAAGCAGUAUCUGGAGAUUUUCAAGAUGCAGUUAAGUUUACCCGAGGACUUUACAGACAGGAGGUUUGCUGAAGAAUGGAACCAAAACAUUAAGUCUUUAUGUGAAGACAGAUCUGUGGAAGACGUCUUGCAGAAACAUUUUUGUUCCAGUAAAGAUUUCCGAUCACUGCAUAUGCUGCUGAUGCUUGCUCUGAGUCGAGUGACAGUAUCUCACCCAGCCAUCAAACCUACAGAUUUGCUGGAAGUCAGCCGUCUCUGCACAAUGGAUUCUAAAGCCAAUAUUCUACAUGGUCUGUCUGUGUUGGAGCUCUGUCUGAUUAUAGCCAUGAAACACUUAAAUGAUAUUUAUGAUGGGGAGCCCUUCAAUUUUCAAAUGGUCCAUAAUGAAUUCCAAAAAUUCAUUCAAAGAAAGUCACAUUCAGUACAUAAUUUUGAAAAGCCUGUAGUUAUUAAGGCUUUUGAGCACUUACACCAGCUAGAACUAAUAAAGCCAAUGGAAGGACCCUCUGUAAGAACACAGAAAGAAUAUCAACUGGUAAAACUGCUGCUGGACAACAGUCAGAUCAUGGACGCCCUGCAGAAGUACCCCCAAUGCCCUACUGACGUCAAACAGUGGGCUGCUUCUGCUUUUGGAUAAAUGCAGCAGAGAGUAUAUAGUAGUUGGGAGCGGCUAGUGAGUUCAGUGUUUUGAUUAGUUUAUCUAUUCCACUAUCUUUGACAGGAUUUUGGCUUACUUUGCACAUGUCCAGUUAUUAUCUGGGUGUAGUAAAGAUGGUGAGUCAGGGGAGGUGUGUAUCUUUGCCUUAGGUUUUCAUCAAACAAUACAUGCUCUUGCGAUUGGUAUUAUUGUGUACAUUUGAACAAAAUCACUGUAAUAUCACAUAAGAUUGGAAAGGGGUGCUGUUGUUUAUUUCAUGCCAUGUGUUGUGGCUGGUUCCUCCCCCAACUCUUAAGUGGCAUUUCAGUCACUACUUUGUACACUCAGAAAACCACUAAACAUGUGCAAAGAUAACUUUACCAGGAUCCUGCAAAAAAUGCAGGCAAGAUGAAACUAACGGAAACGUUAAACCCACAAUCUGUUGCCAACUGUGUACAGCAAACGUAGCUAUGGGAGGAGUCGGGAACCAACUUCCAAGAAGCGCUUCAGAGUAGCGCUACUACUCAGUGCUGUAUCGUGGGCCAUUAUCUGCCUUUAUUUUGCAUUUCACACAAAAAAAUUACAUUCCAGUUGAAGCUUUUUGUUGUUUAUUUUUUGUUAUAAGUACCGCCAUGUAGAUUUGAACCAAAAUAAUAUUCUGUUAGUUGGAUAACUGAGUAUACUGGAAAUAGUACUCAAAGUUUUAAAGGCUAUAACCAUAUUUGUACCAUGUUAUAGUACAUUACAGUUUAUUGGCUCUGCAUAACAAAUGCUAAUUGGACUUUUUUUUUGGUUUAUACUUCUUCAUAUGUAGAACCUGUCAUAAAAAAUAAAAAAUAAAUGUGUUUAGGACUGAAGAAAUUUGACUUUUUUUUUUUUUUUUUUAUGGAUCAAUUUGUCGUCUUGUGUUCAUUGCUAUAGUUCUCUUGCUAUCUCGUGAUUAGCUGAUAAGCACAGUUAAGAGUGGCAGUAACAUAUGCUUCUCUUGACAAUUCUUUCCCAAAUAGCUUUAUUUCCAGCUUUGUGAUGAUACAUUUGUAAGUUUGCAAUUGAAAGUAUUUUGUGUGUAAUGAUUAGUCACCUGUAUCUCCCCAAGUGGUAGUGAAGUAAAAUUGGCGAGCAAGAGGUUUGACAAAUCCUGUAUACAGUUAAAUCUGUGCUAAUACGGUAAGACUGCAUUUGGUCAUGCAUUACUUGAUUAUGCACUGUGUUUCUCUAGAUCAUAUCUAAGGUUCUAUAAAAUUAACUCAUACUAACCAAAGGCAAAAUAUAUAAAUAUGAUCAUCCAGUGCAGGUGCAAGAUAGUCCUUGACACAUGGUGAAUAGAUUUUUAUGUAAUUACACAUGACACCAAGUGCUAUGUUGGAAUGAAGAAUGCAAAAGGAACAAGGUAACUAUCACAAUGAAAAAUUGGUAAUAAAGCAACAUGCAUCCUUUUUAAAAACUAUGCAUAUGUUGUAUACUAGUUAAAAAAACAUAAGUUCUAUAACAAAUUGAUAUGUUUGGUGCAAAACCACUUGCAGAAAAUAAAAAUGAGGAUGGCUUUAUCUGUAAUGUGAUGAGCUAGAAUGGACACAACAUCACAAAAUAAAUAAACUGCAUUUAUAAGGCACUCACUUUAAGUUAAAAAAAUAAUAUUUAACCCUUUUUAAACAACUCUUAUGGGCAGAAAGCUUGACUAGCUUUGUUAAAGAAUUACUGUACAUGCAAUAUUAAUUUGGACAGUCCACUUAAUAGGAUUAAAACACUAUAAUCAUUGACAGAGUUGUGCCUUUUGUUUCCAUGAUGCUUUCUGGAACAGACAAAUGUAGCAAUGAAUGAUACAAACCAAACAUUGAGCACUCACUAUACUUUAUUUGUAAGGGGGAUAGCAUACAAUUUAUCUGUACAAUAUUUAACAAUCACUUUCAACCAAGCCUCUGAAAUCAUUUGUUAAAUACUUGCAGAAAACGGCAAGUACACUUUGACAGUAGUACAGUUAUUUGUGCCCAAGACGGACAGAACAUCGUUAGAGAUACAUAGAGUAAAGCUAACAUACUAGCUUUCUGGCAUAUUGAGAGGUAAUGUGUGCCACAUGAACUGAAACUGCAUUAUAAAACACACUGCUGGUCAGAUCUCUGAGGUAAACAAUGUUAAGAUCCAAGGUGUCAAUUGUAGUGUUUUGUCCAAAAGUUAAAAAAAUACUGAACACAUGAGGUGACAAUAUUUGGGCUUAAAGAUAAGUAUACAAAUGCAUUAUUAUUUUUU